AUGGCAAUGGCAAAUAAUAAAACACAAUGUUUUAAAUGCAACAAAGAAAAACUAACAUAUCCUUGUGAAGGAUGUUCACAAAGAUUUUGUUUUACGGAUUUAGCAGAACAUAAACAAAUAUUAAAUGAUGAACUAAAUCAUAUUAUUAAUAAUUAUGAUCAAUUCAAACAAAGAAUAAAUGAGCAAAAGCAAAAUCCGCAAAAGCGUGCAUUAAUAGAACAAAUUGAUCAAUGGGAAAUAAAAUCAAUUGAAAAGAUUCAACAAAAAGCUGAAGAUUGUAGAAAGCUUGUCGUUAGAUAUUCACAAAGAUUUAUUAAUGAUAUUGAAAAUAAAUUUGAUGAUUUAAGUGAACAAAUAAGACAAAUUCACAAAGAAAAUGAAUUUAAUGAAAUGAAUUUAAAUUAUUUAAGAAAUCAAUUAAUAGAAAUUACAGAAGAGUUAAAUGAUCCGUCAAAGAUUUUAAUUCAAGAAGAUUCACAAUCAUUUGUUAAUGAAAUUUUGAUUAUUUCAGCAAUAAAACCAAAAUUUAACAAAUGGAUACAAAAUGCUAUCACUGUGGCUGGUGGAGAAGGGAAAGGACAACAAUUAAAUCAACUCAAUAGCCCUUAUGGGAUCUUUAUUGAUAAAAAUCAAAAUAUUUUCAUUGCUGAUUAUGAUAAUCAUCGUAUUGUUGAAUGGAAAUAUAAUGCAAAACAAGGACAAAUUAUUGCAGGUGGAAAUGGGCAAGGAAAUCGAAUAGAUCAAUUGAAUCAACCAACAGAUUUGAUUGUUGAUCAACAAAAUCAUUCGAUCAUCAUUGCUGAUUAUGGAAACAGACGGGUAAUUCAAUGGUUGGAUCAAAAACAACAAAUUCUCAUUCAUAAUAUUGGCUGUCAUGGCCUGGCAAUGGAUAAAUAUGGAUUUCUUUAUGUUUCUGAUGAUGAGAAGAAUGAAGUGAGACGAUGGAAAAUGGAAGAAUAUAACAAUGCAGGAAUUGUACUAGCAGGUGGAAAUGGAAAAGGAAAUCGACUUAAUCAACUCCAUUAUCCUACUUUUAUCUUUGUUGAUGAAGAUCAAUCUGUUUAUGUAACAGAUAGAAAUAAUGAUCGUGUGAUGAAAUGGAGAAAAGAUGCAAAAGAAGGAAUAGUUGUGGCUGGAGGAAAUGGUCAAGGAAGAAAUCUUAAUCAAUUGUCUAAUUUUCAAGGAAUAUGUGUCGAUCAUCUGGGUCAAAUCUAUGUGGCAGAUAGUGGAAAUCAUCGAAUAACGCGUUGGUGUGAAGGAAAUGAAGAAGGUGAAAUUGUUGUCGGUGGAAAUGGUAAAGGAAAUGAAUCAAAUCAAUUUAAUGGUCCCGCAGCUUUAUGUUUUGAUAAUGAAGGAAAUCUUUAUGUUGCUGAUUAUUGGAAUUAUCGAAUUGAAAAAUUCGAAAUAAUUUAUGAAUGA